AUGUCUGUCAUCUCCACGCCUAUAACGGAACUCUUCAAAAUCAAGCAUCCCGUCCUCCUCGCCGGGAUGAACGUCGCUGCAGGACCCGAGCUUGCAGCUGCUGUCACAAACGCAGGAGGCAUGGGAGUCAUUGGAGGACAUGGCUACACCCCGAAGAUCCUCCGCCAACAGAUCCGAGCGUUGAAGGAAGACUUGCACGACAAGAGUGCCCCAUUCGGCGUCGACCUACUGAUCCCUCAAGUUGGUGGGAGCGCACGGAAGACAAAUCAUGAUUAUCAAAAUGGGCAGUUGCCGCAGCUCUUAGAUGUCAUCAUCGAAGAAAAGACGUCUCUAUUCGUUUGUGCUGUUGGUAUUCCACCGAAAUGGGCUGUUGAGCGAUUGCAUGCGGCCGGUAUCCCUGUCAUGAAUAUGGUCGGACACCCCAAGCAUGUGAAGCGAGCUCUCGAGGUCGGUGUCGAUCUUAUCUGUGCGCAGGGGGGCGAGGGCGGAGGGCACACUGGGGAUAUUGCCGCUUCCAUACUCAUUCCUGCAUGCGUGGAUGCCUGCAAGGGGUUCACCUCUUCACUCACGGGCAAGCCCGUGUAUGUUAUUGGGGCUGGUGCGGUGUUCGAUGGCAGAGGACUCGCGGCCAACUUGAUGUGGGGUGCCCAGGCCGUUUGGGUAGGCACACGUUUCGUGGCGAGUGUUGAAGCUGGUGCGCCCAAGGCGCACAAGGACGCAAUUGUACGCUCUGGCAUCGACGACACUGCGCGAACGCUCAUCUACACUGGGCGGCCUCUGCGGGUGGUACGAAAUGCGUAUGUCGACGAUUGGAAUAACAACCGGCAAGCGGAAAUACGGGAGCUCACGUCGAAGGGCAUUCUUCCUCACGAUGAGGAGAUGCGGCAGCAUCCGGAGAAGCUCGGGAAGGGCAUAACGUUCCUUACAGGCCAGGUUGCCGGCUUAAUCUACGACAUCUUGCCUGCUAAAGCCAUCAUCGACAACAUGGUCACUGAAGCCGCACAAGUUCUCCAGGGAGGUGCCGCUACAGUUGUUACUCCGGCGAAAGCGAAGCUUUAA